AUGCUUGAUAAGAACAACGUCUUGGUAAAGACAUUUCGUAUGGCAAGGGAUAGGUUCAAGGACUCUGAUAUGCACAAUGUACGCUUGCGAUUAAUUGGAUCGCGAUCAAGUGAUGGUAGGGAACAAAACAUGCCUACUUGCUCUGAAGUUGCUGCUAUAAUUGUAGGUGAUUUGAGCGAUGAAAAUAUCCAUCGUGAUAUUAUUGUUGAGAAAAGAAGUGGAUUGUUACAACGAAUAAAUGAACUACACCCAAAAUUCAUGGCCAUGCAAUAUCCAUUGUUAUUUCCGUAUGGUGAGGAUGGAUUUCGAAAUGAAAUACUUAAAAAAGGUCUUGGUGGUGCUGUGCCUUUGACAGAAGAAUAUGUCACUAUGCAAGAAUAUUAUGCAUAUCAAUUACAACAGCGUGAGAAUGAAGGUGAAACAUUGAUUCUUGGUCGUAGGUUGCGACAACAAUUUUUAGUAGAUGCUUACACAUGUGUUGAGGAGUACCGACUAAUUUGGGUCAGGAAUCAUCAACUCCAACUAAGAUCAGAGGUGUACUUUGGAAUAAAGGAUGCUGUAUUUAGAGGAGACACUACUCCUUCAUCUAUUGGGAAAAGAGUUGUUCUUCCUUCAAGCUUUAUUGGAAGCUAUAGAUAUAUGAUUCAAAAUUAUCAAGAUGCUAUGUCAAUUUGUAGAUGGGCUGGGUACCCGAAUUUGUUUAUAACUUUCACUUGCAACCCUAAAUGGCCAGAAAUUGAAAGUUUCCUUUCCUUAAUUCCAGCUCAACGGCCUGAAGAUAGACCAGAUAUCAUUGCAAGAGUUUUUAAAAUCAAAUUGGAUCAACUACUACGUGAUUUAAAACAUGGCAAGCAUUUUGGAAAAGUAAUUGCAGUUAACUACAUAGUUGAAUGGCAAAAAAGAGGCCUCCCCCAUACUCACAUUCUUUUGUACCUAUACCCAAAUGACAAACACCCCACACCUGUGGAUAUAGACAAGAUAAUUUCUGCUGAAAUACCAGAUAAGAUUACAAAUCCAGGGGAUUAUGAAGUCAUUUCACAAUACAUGAUUCAUGGACCUUGUGGUUUUGCCAACCCAAAAUCUCCAUGCAUGGUUGACAAUAAAUGUAGGAAGCAUUUUCCAAAAAAGUUUUAUAUUGACACUAUGAUAGAUGAAGAUGGUUACGCAAUUUAUAGGAGAAGAGAUAAUGGGAUGACAGUUGAGAAGAAGGGUGUUAUGCUUGAUAACAGAUUUGUGGUGCCAUACAACAUUAACCAGCUGUUAGUUAAAUACCAGGCUCACAUUAAUGUUGAGUGGUGCAACCAUUCCAAGUCCAUCAAAUACUUAUUCAAGUAUGUUAACAAGGGUUCUGAUUGA